AUGGAAAUUGCGAGUGCUUCUCCUCUGAUUGGUCUUACACGUGGUGGAACGCAAGUUCAUGUUCGUGGUAAGGGAUUUGUGAAUCGUCAUGAGCUGCGAUGUCGAUUUGGGGAAGUUUCUGUGCCUGCUCACUACGUGAACAACUCCUGCGUUACCUGCGUUAGUCCUCCCAUGUUCAAGGCAGCAAAUAAAGUGUCGUUGUCCGUCUCGUUGGGAAUAUUUUCCACGUCCGACACGGACGACGAUAACGUGACAUUCUCGUAUAUCAGCACACCACUUAUUCAACGGGUAGAGCCUUCGAGUGGGAUGUACAACCAGAGUCAUUCUGUUCGGAUUUUUGGCACUGGAUUCGUCCCAGACAUGGCAACAACCUGCCGGUUUGGAACAAAUACUGGAAAUAUUCCAGCGACGAUUGUUUCAAGUCAUGAACUUAAGUGUACGAUGAGAAUUGGUUCAUCUAAAUCUAUGGAGAAAUCAAAAGUGCUGCCAAUUGGGUUAAGUAUAAGUGGAGGGGCAUAUUUCGAGACCGGCUUUAGCUUCACUGUUUUUGCGCCCGUGGUACUGACUGAAGUUGCUCCGAACGCGAUAAUUCCUUUUCAAACUGAUCGAAUCAAGCUCGAAUGUCUUGACGUGUUCCCGUCUCGUGAGUGGCAGUGCAAAUUCGAUAGUCUGAACGUCACUACGAUGGGAAGAUUUGUGUCUAGGGAUACGAUAUCAUGUCUGACACCUCCAGCACGAUCACUACGGACAGGUGUGCUUGUCGUCAGACUCUUUAAUGAUGGCAUCGAGUACUCGAUGAACAGCGUGGAAGUAGACGUACUUCAUACGCCGGAAAUAUUUGACUACAGUCCAAAAUCAAGAGGUGUGUACAUGUCCUCGGCUUCCAAUGAAGACAUCGUCGACUACGUGACUAUUACAGGAAAGAACUUUGCUCCUUUCCGACGCAUCGAUUGUCGAUUCGGCUCUCUAUGUUCUCAAGGAUCCUUUGUAAGUACGACUCAAGUUCGAUGUCGUAUCCCUAUGUCACGUACUCCAACACGAGUAUCUCUUGCAAUAUCGUUCAACGAGGUUGAUUUUCUGCCUGCAACUGAAUUAUUCGAGUACUUUCUAAAUUUCAAGAUCGAGAACAUUUCUCCUACUAACGGUGCAGUAUCAGGUGGCACUGCUGUGCACUUUUACGGUGGCGAAUUUGCCGUGAACGAGACGAUCUUGUGCAGGUUUGGAGACUAUAACAGCGAUGCGUAUGCAGUUGUGAUUUCGUCAACAGAGAUCAUCUGCACAAGCCCCAAUGUCUUAGAAAUUGGCAAGGUUGGUGUUAAAAUUUGGUCAGUGACGCGACGAUUAUCCGGAACCCUUUUGAGUGCCUUCACGUACACGAAAGAACCAAUUGUGUUGAUGGUGUCACCAAUGGAAGCACUCGAGAAAAUGACAACACUGUUUGAUGUCUAUGGUCGUGGAUUUAUGCACUCGCCAAUGCUCGGGUGCAGUUUUAGUGGAGAUCGAAAGAAUACCGGGCAAAUAGUGCAAGCAAUCUGGGUAUCAACCGUGCAUAUAAAGUGCUCAUCUCCGCCAACAAACACAUCGGUUGGUAACGUCCAGUUCGGGGUGACCAAUAACGGCGUCGACUUUGUGUACGCCAGUCGCUCAGCGAUGAUUCGUUUCCGUACCCUGUUUGAUGUAGCUGAAAUAUACCCUUCAUCUGGAAGUACUGGAGGUGGAACUGCUGUGUCCAUUAGUGGGAAGCCUUUCGACAAAGACGUCAGAUAUUGGUGUCGAUUCGGUCACAACACGGAGCCUGUCAACGCCACAGCUGUGAGUGACGAGGAGUUAAUUUGUAUCAGCCCUUCGUUCGCGUUUAAAACUGGAGAAGUUGCUGUCUAUCUCUCCGUCAAUGGCCGUGACUUUGCCUCAACGAAUCAGACUUUUAGCUACCAGCCGAAGCCACAAAUAUUCAAGAUAUCCCCAACAAGAGGUUCGAUGGACGCGUCGACGAUGGUUACAGUGAUCGGGGAGGGCUUUUAUUCUGUCUCUCCUUUAUGUCGAUUUGGAGAAACUAGUGUUCAAGCGUACGUCCAGUCGAACUCGGAGCUAAAGUGCAACGCACCAACUAAUCGCAACGCCGAGGAAGUACCGGUUGAGAUAUCUCUAAACGAUGGCGUGGAUUUCACUCAAAAUGGCGUGCUGUAUACGUACAUGCCAUCACCUCAAAUUCACCUGAUCACUCCAGCGUCCGGUCCAGCGUCCGGUGGAACAUUGGUCCAAAUCAUUGGACUUAACUUGUACUCAUCGAAGCUGACACAGUGCUGCUUUGGAGAUCGACAUCACUGUACACAGGGGUGGCUAUUAAACGCCACUGUGGUUGAGUGCGUGACUCCACCUUCUCCCGCUAAACUAUCAGUGGCUGGGGCUGGCUCACAGCGGGUUCCGAUACUCUUGGCAUUAAAUGGACAGGAUUUUAUCACACUCGGGAUGCAAUUCGAGUACGUUCUCGACGUCACAAUUGACGAUGUUUCGCCAAUAUUUGGUGACAUUGACGGUGGUACAACAGUGUUUCUUCAUGGGCGCCACUUACGCUCCUCGCCUGGAUUAGAAUGUCGCUUUGGCAAUAUUCGAACUCUUGCAACAUUCUGGAAUGACUCGACAAUUUCAUGUGAGAGCCCUCCUCACCCAGUAGGCAAAGAAAGUCUCUCAAUUUCGCUGAAUGGGCAGGAUUUCACGUUAGCUACGACAGAUUUUAAAUAUCUUCGUCUUCCAUCGGUGUAUACAGUAUCGCCCAGUGCUGGACCUUUGCUUGGAGGGUAUUCUGUCCGCAUCAAUGGGGGUCCAUUCGUGAACACUACGACAAUACUUUGUCAAUUUUCACAAGACAAUGAGGUUAUUAGCGCGACAACUGCCGUGUACGAAUCACCCAAAGAAGUUAGUUGUACAGCUCCUUCAGCCAAGCAUUCUGGACAAGGGUUUUUAUCUGUGUUUGUGAAUGGAAUAUCGAGUACUCGACUACGAUAUCUGGAGUUCUUGUAUAACGACGACGUUGUCCUGAAUGCAUUGGAGCCAUGGUUGUGUGAUAAUACUGGUGGGUGCAAGCUCGUAAUAUUUGGUACCAAUUUCAGACGAGACGCAGAGCUCGAGUGCUGUUUUGGUACAUCUGCACUGAACUCGACAUGCGUUCCUGCACAAUUCGUAAGCGAUGACAGACUGAGCUGUAUAUCUCCACCCGUAAAUCACGUCGGGUCUGUCGAAGUUAGUAUCAAAUCAUACGGUGUGGAAGUCUCACGCCAGUCGCUGGUACUGGAAGUACACCACCCUAUCGGUUUAGAAAAAAUACAUCCAGUAACAGGGACGUAUCGCGGCGGCACAAAAGUUACGAUUACAGGCUGGCACUUCACGCUCACACGUCAGCUGUCUUGCUGCUUCGAUGAUACUCAAGUCCCAGCUACAUUUAUCAAUUCGUCGAUGAUCGAGUGUUUCACCCCUUUUCGGCAGGCGAAACCUGCUUUGUUUCGAGUCAGCAUGAACGGCCAAGAUUGCAUGAAUAGCGGUGCUCUGCAGACUUUCACCUUUCAACUUCCACCUUCAAUUCUUCAAGUGUCUCCAAAUAUUGGAACGCGAUUGGGUGGGACGACGGUUCUGUUACAAGGAGAAAACUUCAAAGUGAAUGAAUCAACUUGCUACUUCGGGUCUACACCAGCCACUACCUCUGAGGUGCUGUCGGAUACUGAGAUGAAAUGUACGAGUCCUGCACAGAGCAGUCCACAGCGAUGUCAAGUCGUUGUAGCUGACAACAAUCAGGACUAUUCUACGAGUCCCGUAUUCUUCACGUACGUUGCAGCGGAAGAGGUGAAGUCCGUGUCACCAGUCCGGCUGCCUUCAAUUAAAGGCGGCAAAGUCACUGUCAGCACCGAGAAUGCUCGGAACAGUGCCAAUCUAAGCUGUUUCUUCGACCACGUAGCUGUCCCUGCAAGCUUCGAAUCUUCCUCUAAAGUCCACUGUUCAACUCCGAUUCUAACGCCUGGAUUCUACAACGUAUACAUUUCAAAUGACGGAAAGCUCAAGUCCGAUACUUUCGCUGUUAUUGAGCUCGUCAAGCCUCCUAUCAUCGCAUCAGUAGACCCGCUAAUCGGAGAUAUGGACGGUGGAGAACUGGUAUCCUUCGUUGGCUCUCGACUAAACACUGUAUCGCACUGUCGCUUUGGUGAUGUAUACACGUCUGCCUCUGUGUUGAGCCCCCAUCUGCUUCAGUGCGAAUCGCCGAGGCAAGUCUCCUUUGGUGAUGUAGCUGUCAAACUAUGGGACCACGGAGCUGAUAUCCCCUCUCAGGAAAUUCUGUUUACGUACAGAACCCCGGAACAAGCUACGAAGCGGAGACUGAGCUUGAUGGAGGAUGAAAAUGACUUGCUCCCUAUCCCGACAAUUGUGUCAGUUGAUCCACCUGAAGCGCCUGUUAUUGGAGGUCUGAUUACUGUACGUGGUCUUGACUUCUCGAAUACUCUGGAGCUCGCUUGUCGAGUUGGAUCGGUUGUCGUUGGAGCGAGGUUUCAUUCUUCUGAACAAAUUAUUUGCACAACGCCUCGGCUACAACCGAAUCGAUACAUUUUCCAGGUUUCGAAUGACGGUAAAGUGUUUUCAAAUAGUCCGACUAGCCUCAUGGUGUACACGGACGCGUUCGUCGACUCGAUUUCUCCCACUCAUGGAUCUCAAAAUGGCGGAACCGCAGUGACGAUAUACGGAAUGCACUUCCGGAAAAGCUCGUACUUACGGUGCAAAUUUGGAGACCUCGAAGCAGUCCAGGUGGCGAAGUAUGUGUCGUCUAGUGAGGUGGUUUGUAUCUCUCCACCUCAGCGUGAUAUGACGACAGUUGUACAAGUUGCGGUGACGAAUAACAACGCCACAUUUACUCCUAAUCCAGUGUUUUUCACGUACACGACAGCCGCAGAUUUGGUAUCGAUUACUUCGAAGUUUGGGAGUAUAUCUGGAGGUACUGAGCUUCUCGUUCGAUGGUACAACCUCGAGAUUAACUAUGACGGUUUGGUAACUUGUCGAGUUGGAAAUAUCGAUUCUAUCGGAAACGUCUUGGCAUCAAAUGUGGUGAAAUGUAUCACGCCUGGAGUGAAAUAUCCUGGUAAACAACCAGUACAAGUGAGUGUCAAUGGCCUUGACUUCACGACACCAAGCCUGUUCUUUGAAUACGUCAAGAAAAUUGUGAUCCAUGAACUGAUUCCCAACUUAGGGCCCAGUAUUGACGCGAACACGGUCAUGACAGUUCGCGGAUCGGGCUUCAUCAACUCCGUUAACCUCGCAUGCCUCUUCCGGUCGGUAAAAGCUCCUGCUACUUUUGUCAACCCGAGUAUGAUUACCUGUGCGGUACCACGAGAUUUCCCUGGCCAGGUGACUGUGCGAGUCACGAACAAUGGACUGGACGCAUCAACCAGCUCCGCUUUGUAUCUAUAUCUCCAGGAUAUGUCGGUGUCGCGCUUAUCCCCAACCAGAGGAUUAAAAGAGGGAGGAACCACCGUGUUUUUCCAGGGUAGAAACUUCGUGAAUCACACUCUCUUGGCUUGUCGGUUUGGCGAAAUCCUAAGUCCUGCCACAUACCUCUCGAACUCGGCUGCGGUUUGUGUUGCACCACGACAAUUAAUCGAUUUAAGAAGCUCAAACGGCUCAGUUGCGGUGGAGUUGACGAACAACCAAGUGGACUUUACGCACAGUGGUCUCAAGUAUACGUAUCUGCAGACCUGCCCAAGUUCACACUUCUGUACUAACGGGAACAUCCAAGCUUGUCCCAACGGAACAACCUGUGAAGCUCACGGCGGCACAAAUUUCUCACAAUGUGCUCCUGGGACGUUCCAACCCAGACAGAACCAAGUCACGUGCUUACCGUGUCCUGUUGGAUAUUUCUGUCCUGAUCACGGCAUGUCAAAGCCUGUGCUGUGUCGUGCUGGAAUGGUUUGUGAUGAACACGGACUGCGUACACCUGUGAAGCCAUGUCCGUCGGGUCACUAUUGUCGAAAAGGGACCAAAACUGCAGAUAUCCGCGACUUUACCACAAAUUCUGAAUACGCGAUUGACAAGGAGACUCAACUCGCAGCUUUUGUGGAGCAUUCUCGAGCGUGGGCGUUGAUCCCUCGCGUUGCACCUGCAAUUGGAAGUCGUCGUAUUGAACAUCCUCCAAGUUUAAGAAGCUGUGAGUUUCGGUUAUGUGUGGAAAACAGCACACUUCUGCUUGCUGAACGACCGUAUUCGUGUCCGAUUGGGACGUUUUGUCGACGUGGAGUCGCUGUCCAGCAAGCCCAGACGAACAACUACAGCGCGCCACAGAACUGUUAUCCUGGUUUCUUCUGUCCCCGUGGAUCCUCAACGCCAGAAGGAAAAGGUCCAUGUCCAACGGGUCAUUACUGUCCUAACGAUGUCGAUGCGGUGGUGUGUCCUGCUAGUCAAUAUUGUCCCGGAGUCGGCAAUCUACGACCGAGAGAUUGUUACCCUGGCACAUACAAUCCGUUAUCGAAGCAGUCGAACUGUACGCUCUGUCCAAGUGGCCAUGUGUGUCCUCAACCGAAGAUGUUGCAACCAGUAUUGUGUCCUGCUGGGUUUGUCUGUAUUUCCACUGGUCUGGCUGCACCAGUUCUGCUGUGUCCAGCGGGAUACGUCUGUCGGGAGGGUACACGAACGUUGGAUCCGUCCGAUACCAGCCCAUUCCGUCCAAUACCCUGUCCACAAGGCACGUAUUGUCUUGGCGGCGUGGCUCACAAUUCUACAAUCGACUGGGUUCCCAGCCGUCCGGAGGGUGCGGUAGCUCCUCAAGUUUGCACUGAAGGCACGUAUUGUGAAGAAGCGACUCCCACGCUAUCUGGUACUGGCGUCUGCUAUGCCGGUCACUAUUGUCCUCCUGGCUCGAGUGCUCCGAUUCAAGCGCAAGUGGGGAGUUUUGCGGGUACAACUGGAUCUGUAGUCUCCACAAUGUGCUUCCCUGGCACGUACACACCUUUGAAGGCUACUGUGGAGUGUGAGAUAUGUCCUGCUGGUCAUAGCUGUCCAGGGUACGGCACGUACAUACCGUCGCUAUGUCCUCGUGGCUUCUAUCGGUCACUGGCGGACAGUAUCACGUGUCGAGCUUGUCCGGAAGGAACAUGGUCGCCUAACACGGGGUUAACUGAUAUUUCAAACUGUGAGAUCUGUCCCGCUGGUCGAGUGUGCGGUAGCUCGGGUAUGAUCACAAUGGCGUCAAGUUUGCCGUGUGCUGCGGGGUAUGUUUGUGGCGAGGGGACAAAUCGACGCGCUCAAUUCGAUCAUUUGUGUCCUGCUGGCCACUAUUGCUCUUCUGCGACUCCUAUUCGUCAACAAUACGCUAACGUGUGCGAGAAAGGGAACAUUUGUGGACGUGGCACGAAAACGAUCGAGAAGAACAAAAGCAAAUGUCCGGAUGGCAAGUUCUGUCCUCUCGGUACAGCGAAUAGUAGUAGUAUCUACAUCAACUGUCCCAGUGGCACGUGGUCAAGCUCCAGUGAGGACGAGUUAGUGGAUUGUAGUAUUCGAGCAGUGCCGAUCUGUGACAAACUACCCGAGAAGCAGUACUACCCACAGUUUAGCUACGAUUUCCAAGGUACUCGCGUGAGUUUCGACUCCACAAACGAAAUCAGUCGCACGGGAGAAGUGGAAGUUGUGAGCGUCGUGUACCCAGUGAACGAAUCGGCUUCUCUACCGUUCUGGAAAAACGACACGGUCGAUACUAUUCGCGUAUGUCCGCAGAAGAUAGCUCCUGCCGGUGGCGUAUUGUUGACUGUGAUCGGUCGCAAUUUCCAGAAUACUGGUCGUCUUGUGUGUAAAUUUCAGCUUCCAAGGUCGCCGUUCUCUCAGAUUUCACCAGCGUUCUUCAGAAGCAGCACUAGAGUGGCGUGUCGUGCACCUCCUUUUGUCGGGAAUACUACUGGAGCGACCGGAGUUUUGUUCUCUCAAACCGUGAAGGUAAGUGUCUCUAACUAUGGCGUCCACUUUUCCACCACCACGGCUACAUUCGACAUCAUUUCGACCAAACAAGCGGCAUCGUUGAACAUGAAGCACCUCACAUCAAUGUGUCUAAAGAGAGUGGAAAACGAGGAAGGAUUCCGGAACAAUGACAAGGCCUGGUUCGCUCUCACAGGACUCGGCAAGGCAAAAUUAUCGUUUGACUUCCGUCAUCUUCCUGACGAUUUAGUCUACGAUGAACACUACAAGAUUGCCAUUUUCGUAAAGAACAGCACCUGUGAAGACCAAAUUUGUGAUUCUCGAGGAAUUGUCCUCCCAAGUGGUCCGGAUAUUGAGACGUCUCCGUGCCACCGCCCCGUUGAGCUUCCGCGGUGGUUCCUUUCCACUGCAGUCAACAAGAAUGACCUGCUAAAUGUCACGCUACUAGCGCUGGAGGAUGUGACGUUCAAAGUGGAAAUUCACGUCAUCUACGGAUUGUACGCUUCUGUAGCUCCAUUUUUCGUCAACUCGACGAUCGUGAAGCUGAAAACACCGACCCGAAGCAACGCUACACAAGGUGUGACAGCCGAUACGCGACCUCUAUCGCGCUCUAUUUCGUACGAAGCGAAGCUGGUUCCUCGCGAUUACACUUUUCUCAUUGCGUACUCGGGCAAUGAUGGAGAUUAUACGUCGCCUCCACUCAAUCUCCCGCCGAAAUACGAAGCCUACGAGCGAGGUCGUGUUUUGCUGUCACACAACGUUAGCAGUACGGCUAAAAUACCGCUUGUAACUGACCCCUACAGAGAUGUUGUUACGGACACGUCGUACUGGUUGAUGCCCUACGGAUCGGCGGCUUUGACGCAUGAAAAAGUUGAAAAAUACCGUGAAACGUUUCAAGAAAUGUAUCUGGAUCCGUCAGAUACCACUGGCACCCAGUAUCUGUUCAAGUUUGACAGGAUGCUGCUCUCUUAUCUGCCGUUCUUUUCGAAUUGUAUGGAGUACGAUUCGUACAUCCCCCUGUUCGAUCUCUUCGAGAGCGAUCAAUGCCAACUACCAGCUAUGACAUCGGAAGCGGGAGAGUAUGGACGUACGUGGUGGCGACGAGAGUUCCCACCGUUGCCGAACCAAGAUGAUAUUCGAUACGUGGGGCCACUAGACUUCGCUCAAGAACCGACUGCGGAUAUUUGCAUGAUGAAUCUCCAGUGUCAUUACGAAGAGGAGUUGGCAACAGCUGAUGUGACGCCACGUUGGUUUGAACAGUCGAAAGGAACGGUCCUGUAUUACUUUCUGCGAGAACCAGGCACACUGGCAGACUAUUUGCAAGGUGGUCAGUAUUACAGCGAGAUUUUGGACGAGUACGGCUCGGACUACUUCAUUCCUGUCACCGUAGACAACUCUGCUGCUCAAUCACUAGAGGGAGAUUGCUCCACCUUGUGUUUCCCACGAACAGUAACGCUGGACGUUGCGUACUACCAGCUCGACUCUCACGUCAAGCGUAUCAUUAUGGCGACUCUGAUUUACGACAACUAUGAUCGAGACUCCUCCAACACAGCGUACACAUUUAGUGUCAAUCUGCAUCCUCUCAACUACUUCCAGCUCGUUAUUCAGUUCGCAUUCGAGAAACAAGUAUUCGUUGGACUCUUUUUCGUACUAGGCGGGAUGAUGACGGUCGGUGCUCUUAUCUUCUGGAUCGUAGUACGUAUCACGUCGCAUCUGCAGUCACCUCCGCGUUUCCGAUUUUGGACUGUGUUCGCUUUGAUCGCUCCACCACCUUCUGUCGGUGUAGCAAUGGCUUCGCUCCCUAUUUUCUCUGUGGUCUUUAGCUUCUACUUUCUACUGAACGGUGACCAAUUCCUCAACUCGAAUGGCUACUGGCUUAUGGACAAUAUCGUCCGACACUUCCUCGAAACCAAAAUCAACCCGGAAGUGGUAGCAGAAACCCGAAAAGGACGCAUCGGCGUGUGUUUCUUCUUCUUCGGCCUCUACCUCAUCGUGCUGGGUACUCGUAUCUUCCUUCCUAAGCCGAUCGCGAUCUCCGAAAAGGUCAUGGCUGAGCAGAAUGACCGUGACGCCCAGGAGCGCAGUAUCUGGUGGCCUACUCAAUGGAAGCGAGCGAAUAUGAUCUUUGCGUCGAUUAUGCUGGGUCUCUUCCUUGUUCUAAUGCUCGAGUUUUCGUUCUGGAGCUCAUUCGGAGACUACAUGUUCUACGUGAUUGUAGCUCAAGAGAUCAUCAACGCAAUCAUGGAAGGUUGGAUCGAAUCCCAGCUGAAAGAGGCCUUGUUGAUGGCUCCUCUGGUCUCAGCUCUCAGUCUCAUUGGAGGAAUCAUGACAUUCGGUGCCACGGACUUUGGAGAUUUCGUGCUGGGUAAUACUCUCGACUUCGGUAUGAUGAUAUUGAUGCGUGUAUAUGCCGAUACAGUCAUCGAAGCGAUCACGGAUUUCUUCAAAGAUAUUGCGCGUUACGUAUGGGGUAAAAUGAAAAUUAUCGGUCGUGGUACACUGCUAUUAUUCAGAAGCUUUACACGAUCAACUGCUGUUAGUAGUGACGCGGAAACGGUGGAACCCAUUAUCGACUUCUACGCUAUGGCCUCCAUGGAGAGACUGGCGCUGUUUUACCAGCCUGUGCUGAUACUCAUCAUGAUGUUCUUCCGUGAAGAAGUUCAGCUUCCAAUACUGUACAAUAUUCGUGAGAAGGAUAUGGAAAUCUAUCUCUGGUAUUCCCUCAUUAUCUUACUAUUCCAGCUCGUGACGGAGGUAUUCGUGCUGAACGUAGUCGAGAUUUUCCAGGGCUGGAAACUAUACGAUUACCUCGUGUAUUGUCGAUACCGCUUCUUGCAACGCGAGAAGCGCUGGAAAGGUAUGGAGCCGAAUCUGGACGAAUGUAUCGAUGAAGGACUGCGUACACUGGACCAAAUGUGCUUCUCGUCACAAUUUUUCAUGAUGUGCACUAUUCACAUCACCGGGAUUCUGUUCUUCGUCGUGGGUAUUGAAAUCAUGGCCCGAGCGAGCUACAACCUCUUUGGUGACCCCGCUAUGCCGCUGCUACUCGCGUUCGUGCUUGCAGUUUCAGUGUUCGUGCGUGCGUUGGUGAUGUUCUUAGCUGUACGCUUUGAGGUCUGGAAAAUCAAACACGAGAACACGGCGUGGCUCGCCGCACCUGACGAAGAUGACGAGUUCGGUGUACCGCGUUGGGGCGAACUGGAGAAAAUUAAAGGAGCGUCACACGAAGCGUACAUGAUGAAUCAACGCAUCACAUCCGAUACAUUCCGCAACAAGUUCCUCAACUACAAUCGGUCGUGGCUAGUGAACCAGCUGCCAUCCGUCCUCACUCCACGUACCUUACGUCGUGCGAGACCAUAUCUUUUAGCUCAAUUCGCCAAGAUCCUCGACAGUCUGAACCCGCAAGUCUCGGACGACGAAGAAGACGACGACGGGCGUCCUCGCUUUGGUCCAGUGACUUUAUCUGCGCCGUCUCGCACCAUUAUCCGCCUCUGGCUUGCUCGAGCUCGACGUAUUCUACGACUAAAAACGGUUGUCCAGCCUUUGAUUCAAGCAGCUCGAAAGAGUGAGUGCGAAAUGUGCCUCUCUCGUCGUCAGCUUCAAGUCGAAAUGUCCAUUCCGAUUGAAGUGCUAGGCGACAAGUUCGACAGUCAGAACCUCGCCGAAGAGUUCGAUGCUGCAGCCUGGAAAGCCUUCUUCUCCAAGCAUCAGAAGUUUCAAACGCUCUGUCUUAACUGCAUCGUGCACCUUAAAACCACCGGUCAGCUUGGAGAUCUACGCGGUAUCGGCCGUGGUGACGAUGGCAUGGGAGACGAAGGCUUGAAUGCUACUCCGCUGAACGCUGCGUCCUAUGCUCUAGUGCAGAAAUGGUAUCGUAAAGCUCAAGAUCGUGUGUUCGGGAAGAGUGGAAAGCGUCGUCAACAACUUGAUGUGAGUGACGACGAAGAGGAAACGAUGCAACAUCGCUUUGAAUGGACGCGGCAGCCAGUGGCACUUAACGCUGCGUCUACUGCAGUAGCGAGGAAGUGGCUACUUGCUGCUCGUCACAAGCUCCGUGAACCAGGUCGCGCUCGCGACCAGCUACCAGCAAACUUAACUGCAAUUCACCCGUCCGUAAGAGGUGGAGCCACGCCGGUCCCCAAGCCUGCGAUGAAGAUGGGAGCUGCGGGCGGCGAAGCUGUCAAGGCGUCCAAAAUGCGUCGCAAAUGA